GACCCCAUGUGGGACAUGCGAGAACAGAAAAUUCUCCCUCACUCACAAUCAGCAUUGUAGACCAAUGUCGUAAAGCUGGAGCGUCACUUUAGGGCCACGCCUAUGCUAAAGGUUGGGCCGGUACUUCCCGAAAAUAAAGAAGCAGAACCGUCGGAGAGGAGGGUAAUUUCACCGCGGGGAAGACAGCAGUCAACACUGUGAUUGUUCAGCUUUACCUCGACAUCUCACUGACUUGCUGGUAGAAAUCAUCAUGGGUGUAACUUCCUUUCUUCUAGUGAGCUGCCUCGUCAUUUCUGCUCAAGCUCAAGACUGUUCCAAACCUGCCUCGGGACCCAACACAAGUUUGAGAGACCAAUACAUUCUUUUAGACUCAUUCAGCGAUGGGACUAGAGUCUCUUUUAAAUGUAAUGUUGGCUACACACCUGCAGGAGGGUCUCCAUAUAUUACUUGCACCGCUGGCAGUUGGAGUCAUUUGACCCUGAUAUGUGAAAGAAAGAGCUGUGGACCUCUUGAAGAAAAGCCAAAUACAUUAUACGAUUACAGUGAAGGGAUUGAAUUUGGUGAUAAAGUUGUGAUCACUUGCGCUACGGGUCACGUGAUGCCUGGCGCAGAACAGAAAAAAGAACUGCUUUGUGGAGACCAAGGGUGGAUGGGCAGGCAGCCUGUAUGUGAAGCGGUGACUUGUGAUCCACCACCGUCAAUUGUGGAUGGCAGUUACAAUCCAAUAAGUGAGCACUAUUCCUAUAGAGAUGUUGUGCAGUACAGUUGUCAAUCAAAUUUGGUACUUAAUGGAUCUCAAUCAAGAGCAUGUUCAGAAGAUGGAACAUUUAAGCCUGCUGCUCCAAAAUGUGUCAAUGUUGAAUGUAAAGACCCUGUAAUUCCAAAUGGUGAAUGGGUUGAUGGUUCUCGACCACCGCAUAAAUACCAGUCUUCAAUGACGUACAGGUGCAAAAAAGGAUAUACAAUGCAAGGGUCGCCUAAUCUGAUGUGUGGAAUUAAUAAUCAGUGGUUACCUGGAAUACCACAAUGUAAACAAUUACCAACCACAACUACCACCACCACCACCACCAUCACACCGAAAGGCGAUGGAUCCUCUACUAAACCUUGGGUUAUCGCUGUUGGUGUUUUGGUGGGCAUCGCGGUCGUGGUCCUCAUCAUCGUCUGCAUCAGAAAAAAACGCGGGACACACAUUGCUGUCAAGGAGGUGGCAAACGAGGAAGGGGCUGAGCUCUCUGGUAAGCGCGACAAUCCUGUGGCAUCAAUGCUGAGUUAAGAACUUUUGAAGAGGAUCCUCACUGGACUAGUCUUUGAAUGUACUCAUCCAUGUGCAUGUGGACAGCACAGGCUUGUGCAGCGUCCCUGGAAAAUAUGUUUCUGCACACCAAUCUGAAGUUCAGAUUAGUAUAACCAAUUUUUCUGUUAUGUAUAAUUCAUUUCAGUGACAUUUUGGAUACCUUUCCUUUACAGCAUCAUCAUUUUCUUUAUUCUAUAAUUAUGAAGGAAGGAGAUUUCCUGUAUAUCAAAGACGCAUAAACACCACAUUGAUUUAAUCUUGCACUAUAGCGCAGAGUACAGCUCAGCGUGACCAAUAUAGGUCAGUUAUGCAGAACUGUUGCACAGUUCACUUUAAAGACAGCUGGCCCCUAAACAAUAAACCAGCCCCCCGGCUUUCUCGAUUCAACUUCCACCGUAACAGAAAUUGUAUAGUGGGACCUGUUAAAUAGUCCCGUUUAUAGUGCCUGAACAUAAGGCAUGUUCCUUAUGCCUUAAUGCAGAAAGCCAAGUGUUUUAGCUUGUACGUUGCCUGAGUAUUGUGUAUAUAUGUCAACCAAGUUGUUGGAAUCUUGCCAUGUGAUUCAUCAUACAAUUUUGUUUUUUUGUUUGUGCACUGUUGCAUCUCCAAAUUGACCACUUUUGAUAGUUACGUGUGACCGGACACAAGUGACAAACAUUAUAGACUGUGAUCUUUGCUCUUUUCCGGCUUUUUAGCUUAAUUUAUUGAAUUAAAAUUUGUGUCACCAUCACAGUUUUGUAUAAUUGUGAGGCAGGUGUGUGUUUCCUGAUGAACUGAUGAAAUAAUAAUAGAAUAAGAACAAGUAUGUUGUUUGAUGUAUUGUAUUAUUUAUGUUUUACUUAUACAGUAUGUACAAAAGCUUUGCUUAGCAUGAUUAAACCUUUGACUGUGGUGUAGAAGUUUGCUACCUUGAAAAGAGAAUUAAACUUGUAAUAAAAUACA